CUGGAGGUUUGAGAAAUGAAGGUCUUCGUGCGCACAAACGGUCGGGUGAACAUUGACGUAUCCACCGCGACAGUGUAUGUCCUAGAUUGCUAACAUGUCGUUCAAACUUUCUGAUGUCGACCUCGAAGCGGAUUUUGAGGAGCUCAUGGCCGUCAUGUGGGCAGCGCAUGAGGAGCCUGUGCAGCCUUUUUUCCGGCUUUUCUGCCCCAUCGUCAAUGGAGACCGACAAGCUUCGCUGAAGGAAUCUACUGAACGUAUGCUAGAAUGGGACCGCCAUGAUCCACAAGCGCGCUGGCUCAAGGUCCAAGAUGUUUCCACGGGAAGGAUUGCUGGCGCUGCAUGGUACAAGAUUUAUAAAGAAGAUCCAUUCGCUCACCCGGAGGAAGAAGCUGUAGAAUGGUACCCGGAUGAUACCUCGAGAGACUUCGUUAGUCAAGCGAUAAGGCAGAUGGACAGACCCCGCGAGGAGAAGGCCACUCGCCCGCAAGUUUUCCUUAACAUACUUUUUACUCAUCCCGGUUACCGCCGUAAAGGAAUUGGUGCUAUGCUAGUUCAAUGGGGAAUCGAUGCUGCUAAAGAGCUCGGAGUCGAAUUUUGGCUGAAUGCGACACCCGUAGGGAAACCCUUGUACGAAAAACUCGGCUUUGAAGUGGUGGAAAGGAAUCCCUUGGUGCCAAAAACGGAGAGGCCAGAUGCUACGUGGAAUGCGACGGCGCGCGAGUUCUCGGAUAUCGUCUUUUGGACCAUGUGGUUACCAAAAGUAGGGACAUUCGAAACAAAUAAGACGAAAAGACCGUGGGAAACGUAGCUGACUACUAAGAGUGCCUGUCAUAUACAUCUUAACCAACCU